UCCGAAGUGACAAGCGCCGUACACGUGGCAUGCCAAGUGGCAUGCGCAACGCAUCCAAUGAUCUGGAUAUGUUUGAAAUUUGGGGAAUAUUUCCCAAAUGACGGGGGCCCAACCCGUCAGGGAGCGCGUCAGUGACGGGUUGCAAGUACGUAUGGAAAGAAAAGAAACUUUGGCGAAGAAGAACAUAAUGGCUGCUUCGGAGGAGGAGGCUAUGGCGGCCAUGGUGGAAGGUGAUGAGCUUGCCGGGGACGGAAUCGUGUGGGAGGAGCUCCCGGCACCUCCGGGGUGGAAGAAAAAGGUGGCUCAGCGCCGAGGAGGCACUCCUCGCCGAGGAGACAUCACGUUCGUUGCUCCGGAUGGAGAGGAGAUUAAGAGCAAACGGCAGCUGGAGCGUUAUCUCAAAGCUAACUCGGGAGGGCCACCCGUAGCGGAUUUUGACUGGGGUACAGGCGAGACCCCGAGGAGAUCCGAGAGGCUGAGCUCGAGGAAGCGGCCCUCGGACAGCUGGGCCGAGGCGGAGCCGACCACUCCACGGCGCGGGAGGAAGAAGAAGGCCGUGGCAGCGAUAAAGUCUCCAGACGACGAAGAAGGCGGCGUCAAGGACUCGGACAAGGCGGACGAGAACGGCAAAGAAGAGCAAGACGGUGGAGCUAAAGCCGAGGCCAAAACAACUCAAGACGAAGCAGCAGGGGAAGAAACUCCAGCAGCGGCGGAAGAUCCGGCAAAAGAAGAUCAAAGUGGCGACCAAGCAAAGAAGGGAGCGGGGAAAGCUUCUUCCACUGCCCCGGUGAUAAGCUGUGCGAAGACCGAGACAAUGGCAAAGUCGCAAGAAGCACAGCCAGCGCAAAUAGGUGUGAGCAGCUGAGGGAGAGAUAGAGGAGAAGAUCAUCCAGUUCUCUCUCUCUCUCUUCGCAAGGCAAGACACAUGGUAAGAUAAAAAAGUCUCUUAGUUUUACACACACCUUACACUGA